UAAUCACCCCCAUUAUGCAAUUAAUCUCGCCGGUAUGAAAGCAAAUUCUCCAAUCCCGAGCACUGAAUGCUGUUUGCUAACUACCGCCGGCCAUUAAAUGUCAUUCUCCUCUUUCCAAUCACUCAAUCUAGUUUCCAUACGACUCUCGGAAGGACAAGAGGCAAAAACCCCACAAGGAAAAAAUUGGAAUCAAAUCAGACCCAAAAGUAAAAAAUGUCUCCUUUUCUAUCAUCUUUCACUAUACCCUCGUUAAUCUUCAGUUUAUUUGCCUCUUCCUUAAUCCCAUUUUCAGUCUCUUUGCCUUUCAUUCUUCUCCAUGGAAUUGGAGAUCAGUGUUCGAGCAGAGGAGUGAAGAGCCUUACGCAGGAUCUUAUCGACUUCUCUAAAUCUGAAGGGUUUUGCGUGGAAGUUGGAGAUGUAUAUUGGGAUUCUUGGUUUAAGCCCUUACAGGAUCAGACUCAAAUCGUAUGCAAUAAGGUGAAGCAAAUGCAAGAACUGCACGAGGGUUACAACAUUGUUGGUUUUGCCCAGGGAAACUUAAUCGGACGAGGUGUUGUAGAGUUCUGUGAUGGUGGACCACCGGUAAGGAAUUUUGUAUCUCUUGGAGGACCUCAUACUGGUACUGCUUUAGUUCCUCUUUGUGGUACUGGUGUAUUUUGCAACUUAGCCAAUGCUCUGAUAAAAUCCGAGAUAUACUCAGACUAUGUCCAAGUACGU